UGGCUGGGGUGGGCCUGGGUGAGCUUGGGGUCGGGUUGAGGGUCGAGGGUUCAGGGGGGACACCAUGGCCACCCGGCGUCUGACCGACGCCUUCUUGUUGUUGCGGAACCACUCGGUCCAAAGCCGGCAGCUGCUGGCCGAGCAAGUGAGUAGCCUCAGCGCCUGCCGCCCUCCUCGCCCUCCUCCGCGCUCUCGUAGCCGGGCUGCGCUCGCCGAUGACCGUAUGGCUCUGGUGUCCGGCAUCAGUUUGGACCCAGAGGCUGCGAUUGGCGUUACAAAACUGUCCCCUCCCAAGUGGGUGGACGGAGUCGACGAAAUCCAGUAUGACAUUGGCCGGAUCAAACAGAAGAUGAAGGAACUGGCCAGUUUGCACGACCAGCACUUAAACAGGCCCACCCUGGACGAUAGCAGCGAGCAGGAGCAUGCCAUCGAGAUCACCACCCAGGAGAUCACUCAGCUUUUCCACAGAUGCCAGCGAGCGGUGCAGGCACUGCCCAGCCGGGCCCGCAGGGCCUGCUCCAAGCAGGAGGAGCGACUCCUGCGCAAUGUGGUGGCGUCCCUGGCGCAGGCUCUGCAGGAACUGUCCACCAGCUUCCGGCUUGCGCAGUCCGCCUACCUCAAACGCAUGAAGAACCGCGAGGAGCGAUCCCAACACUUUUUUGAUACGUCCGUACCGCUGAUGGAUGAUGGCGAGGACCAGCCUCUUUAUGACCGGGGUUUCACGGACGACCAGUUGGUGCUGGUGGAACAGAACACGCUGAUGGUGGAGGAGAGGGAGCGAGAGAUCGGGCAGAUUGUGCAGUCCAUCUCGGACCUCAAUGAGAUCUUCAGGGACCUGGGAGCAAUGAUCGUGGAACAGGGCACCGUUCUGGAUCGGAUCGACUAUAACGUUGAGCAGUCCUGUAUCAAAACCGAAGAUGGCUUGAAGCAGCUUCACAAGGCAGAGCAGUACCAGAAGAAAAACCGGAAGAUGCUCGUGAUUCUGAUCUUAUUUGUCAUCAUCAUCAUCCUCAUCGUGGUCCUCAUUGGCGUCAAGUCCCGCUGAGUGGCCUCGGAGCUGUGUGCUGCGCGAGAGGGUCCCGGCGAGGGGCCAGGCUGGGUCACGCCAGGUGGGACCAGGCUGCCGCUGAGGGCAGCCUCAGGUCUGCAUCUGCCCGUUGGGGGAGCGAGCUGGCGGCGUCCAGACAGCACGGGAGCGGGCUUCUGUCCCUCAUCCGUCCGGGACCACCACGCAGCCUGGACUCAGGGUUCUGUCUUCCCUCGAGGAGGUUCUGUUUCGGAGAGGGGCAGAGACGAGUCGGGUGGCCAUCUCCGGGGUACCAUCAGCAUCCAUCAUUUGUGUAUAUAAGCUACUUUAUUUCCACUCGUCGUCUCUGAGGAGCAUGUUCAUGUAAUGUUGGUGGGGGGAAAUGAAGCCAUCUGAUUUUUGAGAAAUUCAGUUCCAAAAAAUUAUGUAUAACAGCAAAAAAUAUAUAUAAUAAUAAUCAAAACCCAAAAAUCAACCCUUCAUCUUUCUCAUAUAUUUUCCAGUUGAAAACAAACUGAGAGAAACCCUUUAAGAAUUUAUAAUCCAUUCCCCAUUAACUUAAUUUCGCUUUUCCAUCACUGUUAAUGAUCAGAGUAACAAAGUGUGAAAAAUAAGAAACCAUCAUUGAUGUUAAUCAA